CCACCUUCAUCCUCCCCUACUGCCAACCCAGGCUUCUUCUACGGCGACGGACUUGAACGCUGCAACGGCACGCGGCGCCUGAUCCGGUGAAAUGCGUCCACUAAACCCCUCUCCUUCUCCUCCUCCCUCCUCCUCAUCCCUUGCUUCUGAUGAAACUCGCCUUCUCAACGAUGAAAUCUUUGAGCAGCUGCACAGUUGCAUUAAGCUCGCCAAUGAAAAUAAAAUCAAUCACAAGAAUGCGUGGGGUCUGAAGUUGAUCGAUCAUCUGAUGGAGAUCGUGAAAGCUGAAGCAGAUGGUGGAGCGGAGACAAAUUUCCGAACGGCGAGUUGCUCACUGGAAGCUGGGGUAAAAAUUUACUCUGUUAGGGUUGAUGCCCUGUACUCAGAAGCUUACAAUGUCCUUGGUGGGAUCAGUGUAGCUAGUCUAGGGUCUCAAGAAGAUAUUGCCACCUCAGAGAGUCACAAUGCCGGGAGUGAAGAGGGCAAGGAUAAUGUGGAAGAAAAGCUUGAGAAAAAGCUCUCUCCAUUGUCCACAAUAGAAUCCUCAAUUGAAGCUCUUAACUGGAAUGGAGUUGACUCUGCAGCUGUUAUGGAUCCAUCAUAUUAUAGAACAUCUCUUACGAUGAGUCAAGGUGGAUCCGAGAGUCUCCUACUGAAUAAUGUGGGAGUGUAUGGAGAAUGUAGGCUUCUUUUUGAUUACUUUGAAGUGCCAGGAAGAAACAUGUCCUGUAUGCCUCAAUCUGACAUGUCAGAUGUUAUUGACAUCUCAUUUGCUAAAGAUUCUAUUGAACAGAUGGUGAUUAACUUGCCAAGGAAGAUGGAGAUUUCCCCCACCCUAAGAGAGAUAGUUUCCUUGCUCAAUGAAAGUAGACAAAUGCCAUUUGAAAGAUCCAAUUUAACCGAUAAAUUUUGCAAUAUGGAUGACGAUAUAGUUCACGAUGAAGAAGUUCAAUCAGAUAAUCAUUCAUUUGAGAACAGUGAGACCACUUUUCAGGAGAAUGACUACUACGAUGCAUCGUUUGAAUCGGAUGUCAGUACAAGUUAUGAGAGAGUGGCCAUGUUUCUGUUUCGAAGUUUGGAUAUAACUGGAAAACAGAACUCCUGGGCGGGUCCUGAUUACUGGAAAUUUUUGAAGCCGAAGGGUGGGUAUGAUUAUAGAAAUGUAGCUUUUAUGUGGUUUCUUAUCAUCUAUCGUCAAUAUGUAGGUCCUAACAUCCUUUUUGAACAGUUCAAAAACCUGUACAAACUGCAAACGAUGGAUUUGCAUGCUCUUCCAGCAGGAGAAGGAAGAGAAGUGUUGACUGUAAUGAUAUUGACUUCACCAAGUCCUUGGACUUUGAGGCUGAUAUCUUUGCUCCCCCAGCAAAUCCAUUGUCUUUACUUCUGCCAGCAGAUCGAGUACAGUCGGGCCAUUCUCUUCCAGAAGACUGCCAUUAUCAGCCUAUGGAUCUGGCGAAGCUUUUUCUUCGUCCUGACCUUUUGUUUUCCCUUUUCUUUCUCUUUAUUGCAAAAUCUACAGUUUCUGGGUAGGAGAAGUGCCACACUCUCAGAUAGUACAUCUGAAUUUCAUGAUCCUGAUGAAGCAUCACCGUCAAGCGACUGUGUCAAUCCUUGUGAUCUCAGUGGCCAACAUGGUGACAAUUACUUUCAUGAAGCUAUAGGAGCAGAGGAACCUUUUUAUCAGAACGGACAGGUCAACAAAAUGGAGGGUCGACAUGGAAAAGCUAGUAAGCCAGUUGAUCUACGUGCAUUGAAGCAAACCCUGUGGGAACACUUACAAGAACAGUCUGGUAGCUUUCCUGCAACGACAAGCGUAAUGAAGCACCCUUCAACUUUGCUUUGGUAUUGCCAUUUCAUCAGCUUUGACCAUUUACUUCCUUACAUUCACCGUCUUGUUUUUGCCCUUUGAUUUUUGUACAGAAUGAAUGGAGUGGUCCAAUAUCCUUCAAACAACUCUUGGCUACAUGUCCCCUAGGAUCCCCACAAAACGAUAUCUCACCCCAGUUGUGCUUUAUCUGCCUCCUGCAUUUGGGAAAUGAGGUUGGAUUGAAGAUCCAAGGAUGCCCAACUUUAGACGAGGUCAUCCUACAUCUUCCUCUCCGUCCUCCAUCAUCGGACGCAGGACAGUAGCUUUUCGUUCAUCCCCGGUCUUGAUGAUCACUCAGUAACUGUAACUAUUCAUCAAAAUAGAGAACAUGAAAGACCCUCUUUUGCUGCAGCACAGAACUCAAGCUGUUGUGCAGGGAUUAGUAAAAGAUACGUGUUUUGUGCUUAAUUAAAUCAGCAAAGCUUUAUUA